CACACUGACUAUAAAAAUGCAAAAUGAUUGGAGUUUCUGGGUGGGAAUUGAAGCUACUGCAUUUCAGGAAAAUAAACAUGGGACUUCGAACUCUUCCCUUGUCACCUUCUCAAAACUGUUGCUUCCCUCCUCAGGUGGGAGUUACACAGAAAUGCUUGAAUUAUCACUGCAGGCUUCAUCAGAGCUUUAAAUUUAGGGUUCUUGCUAAAUCAGAGAAUAGCAAAGAGCAGCCAAAGAAGAGCAAGCAAUCUUUGUUUAGCAGUGUAACAGAAGCUUUAGAUUUUUCCCAGGUUCGUUCUGCUAAAGAUGCUGAACUUCUUGACGAGGCUAGAGAAAACACCAGGUCUGGUGGUAGAAUGACAAGGGAACAGUAUGGUGCUCUUAGACGGAAAAUUGGAGGGACUUACAAGGAUUUCUUCAAAUCUUACAUUGAAGUGGAUGGGCAAUAUGUUGAAGAGGGCUGGGUGGACAAAACUUGCAAGGUCUGCAAGAAAGACACAGGAGGGGAGCCAAGGCAAGUAGACAAGUUUGGGAGAUAUGUUCAUGUAGCAUGUCUAGAAAAGGCAAAUUCAGGGAAUUUCUUUACCAGAUUGUUCUCCAGAUGAAGGGGAUGCUGCUGCAGAAUGAAAAUUUUCCUUUGUAUAGCUAUUGGUAUAGAUUUUGUGCAAGAGAUUUGCAAAAGUCAAUUGUUACAAUCUUCAACUACAUUUUUAGCAUUUAGAUUACUUGGAAAAAAAAUUUGUGAUAAUCUUUUCCCAGAAUAUUGCAGUCAAUGCUUCGAUGUUAAGCAAUCCAAAUGUAAACUACGAGGAACUUCAAUUACAAGUUCUAACUUCAAGCUAAACAUUUACAAGGGAAAACAAACAUUACUAGUGAUUCUGAUAGAUGGGCUAUAGACAAGUAAAUUGAAGACUAAUAACUGGCAUUUAUAUAAACCAAGCAUUCAGGACAGCGCUUGGACAGCCGCAGCAUCUCAUGUCUCUUCACCAGCACCGAUUCUUCGCCUUCUCUUUUAUAUUUUCUUUGAGAACUAUGAGUGUCAAUUUUUUUUUUCUAAUUAAAAUUAGAGUAAAAUUUCAGUUUAUACA